AUGCAAACUGCUUCUACAAACAUUUGUGAAAGAAUGGGUCGCUCUCUGGAACUCGGUGAAUUCAAGCAUAUACCAUGAUAGGUUGCCACUUAUGCAAUAAGUCCAUCCAUAAAAUUUUCUUGCUACUAAAAAUUCCACAGUCAACUGUUAGUGGUAUUAUAACAAAGUGGAAACAACUGGGAACAACAGCAACUCAGCCACAAAGUGGCCACAUAAAAUGACAGAGUGGGGUCAGCGCAUGCUGAAACAUACAUUGUGCAAAAGUCGCCAACUGUCUGCAAAGUCAAUAGCUAAAGACCUCCAAACUUCAUGUGGCCUUCAGAUUAGAACAACAACAGUGCGUAGAGAGCUUCAUGGAAUUUGUUUCCAUGGCCGAGCAGCUGCAUUCAAGUCUUACGACCCUAAGUGGAAUGCAAAGCGUUGGAUGCAGUGG